UCCCCUCUUCCCAAAAAAGCAUCACCUUGCCAGCUCCCUUCCUCUCGCCGGCUGCCAGGAAAAUAAAAAUUAGGGCAAGGAGAGGGAGGCGAGAGAAAAGCCAAUCAACUUGUUUCCAGCUUUUCCUGCGGAUCGGCCCGUCCAGCACCGGGAGAAAAAUAUUUCUCCUGUAAAAAAAAAAAAAAAAAAAACAAACCAAAACCCCUCUCCGUGCAAGCUCCGAGCCCUUCGGCACCGGGACGCUGGCCGGAGACGUGGGCUCAGCUCAGCGGCGGAGGAACACUAUUUUUCCAAGUGGGAAGAUCUGCUGGUUUUGCCCGCCACGGGAGCAGCCUGCUGAGGAGGGAAGCAGAGCGGCGCCCACGAAGGAGAUGGAUUUAGCAGAGACCUGGAAGGAAAACCCAGCUGGGAGGGGACCGCUGGCCUCCUGAGCUACUCAACAGCUGGAGCACGGCAAAAACAGCUGGAACAGCUUGGGAUGAGGGGCUGCCAGGGUGCCACCAUGGAUGUGUUGAGCCCCACAGGGACCCCCUGAACCUCGUGGGGACCUGCCACCCCACCCACCAGUCCUGCUCCUGGGGCGCAGGGGCUGUCACAGCCCUGUGCUGGUGGAGCGGAGGGGAUGGAGAUGCGGAGCCGCAGCGCAGAGCUGGGUGGGUUGUCACCCUGAGGACCACGCAGCAGGUGCCCUGGCAGCUGCCGCAGGGCUCCCUGGUGCCCCCCCCGCGUGAGUACUGUGUCCAGUUUUGGGCCCCCUACCAUAAAAAAGACAUUGAGGUGCUGGAGCGGGUCCAGAGAAGGGCGACAAAGAUGGUGCUGCUGGAUCGUUCACCCCCGUGACCCCCUCACUGCACCCUGCCGGAGCCCACCCGGAGCUCCCCGGAGCUGGGGGGGGAUGUGGGCAGCCAGCGAGAGCAGGCAGACAGCUCACAUGCCUUGUCCCACUGCGGGUGCGCCACGGACCACAAUUCAGACAACACCACGGCGAUGCUGCAGGAGUGGCUGGGGGCGGUGGGGAAGGACUAUCACUCGGUGGCCUGGAAGGUGCAGGAGGAGCCCAGCUCCUACCCCGACGAGCUCGGGCCGAAGCACUGGAGCAACAAACGCUACGAAAACGUGAUGAAGCUGAAGCAGGAGGCUCUCACCUACGCCCGGGAGCAGCAGGCGGACUACAUCCUGUUUGUGGACACCGACAGCAUCCUGACCAACAACCAGACCCUCAAGUUUCUCAUAGCACAGAACAAGUCGGUGGUGGCCCCCAUGCUGGACUCGCAGACUUUCUACUCCAACUUCUGGUGUGGCAUCACGCCCCAGGGGUACUACCGCCGGACAGCUGACUACUUCCCCACCAAGAACCGGCAGCAGGUGGGCUGCUUUGCCGUCCCCAUGGUCUACGCCACCUUCCUGAUCGACCUGCGGAAGGAGGAGACGUCACGGUUGGCUUUCUACCCACCCCAUCCCAACUACACCUGGGCCUUUGAUGAUAUCAUUGUCUUUGCCUACUCCUGCCAGGCGGCUGGCGCGGAGGUCCACGUGUGCAACCAGCAGCGCUUCGGCUACAUCAACGUCCCCGUGAAGGCCCACCAGACACAGGAGGAUGAACGUGCCAACUUUGUGCAUCUCACGCUGGAGGCCAUGGUGGAUGGCCCCCCCAUGCAGCGCUCCAGGCACAUUUCCCUCCUUCCCAAGCCGCUCACGAAAAUGGGCUUUGAUGAAAUCUUCCUCAUCAAUCUGGUGCGGAGGCCGGACCGGCGCCAGCGGAUGUUGGCAUCUCUGCAGGAGCUGGGAAUUGCCCCACGGGUGGUGGACGCUGUGGACGGGAGCACCCUCAACAGCAGUGACAUCAAGGUGCUGGGGGUGGACCUUCUCCCCGGGUACUAUGACCCCUUCUCCGGCCGCACACUCACCAAGGGCGAGGUUGGCUGCUUCCUCAGCCACUACAACAUCUGGAAGGAGAUCGUGUCCCGGGGGCUGGAGCGGUCGGUGGUCUUUGAGGACGAUGUGCGCUUCGAGGCCGCCUUCCCAGCGCGGCUGCAGCGGCUGAUGGGGGAGCUGGAGGGGGCACAGCAGGACUGGGACCUCAUCUACCUGGGGAGGAAGCAGGUGAACGCAGAGGACGAGGCACCCGUGGAGGGCGUGCGAAACCUGGUGGUGGCCGGGUACUCCUACUGGACCUUGGCCUAUGCCAUCUCCCGCCGCGGGGCGCAGAAGCUGCUGGCUGCCAACCCCCUCUCCAAAAUGCUGCCGGUGGACGAGUUCCUGCCCAUCAUGUACGACAAGCACCCCAACGAGGAUUACAAGCGGCACUUCAUCCCCCGGGACCUGCUGGUGUUUUCGGCUCACCCCCUCCUGGUUUAUCCCACCCACUACGCUGGGGACAGCAACUGGCUGAGUGACACUGAGACCUCCACCAUCUGGGAUGAUGAUUCCAAGAAGACCGACUGGGCUGGCUCGCAGAAGACCCUGAGGGACCCACGGGGCGGUGUUGGCCACCUCCGCUCCACUGCCCGCGAUGAGCUCUGAUGGGACGAGGGAUUGUGACCCAGCUGGCGGGCCAGUGACCUGAUCCUGCCUGCUCCUCCUUGAGAGACCUGCCCUGGUUGGAUCCCCCCAGGGUCCUUCCAGUCUGUGCGUGGUGAAUCCAUCCGAGGCAGGAUUUGUCCCCAGGGUGCCCGGAGAGCCCUUUCCCUGCCAGGCAGAGCGACCAGGGGGAGCGUCCUGCUCCAUCUCUGCUGGGGACACGUGCCCGGGACUGCCCUGAGAGAUGCCAACUCCGACGUCUCCCACCAGUUUGGACUUUGGGGGGUGUUUUUCAGGCUGGGGGCUGGCUCCUGUGGUGGCACACGUGGCCUCCUGCCACCGACUGGGCUUGUCCCUCGCCUGUGCCGUGUCUGGGCUGAAGGCCAGGAAGGAUUAAAGCAGACUGUGUUUGAGCUGA